AUGGCCCGAAAGCUCAAUUUUCUCCGAGAGGGCUCUGUGACGUCCGUCAAUUCAGCCUUCCAAUUCCUUGCCGACAUUCGGGGAAAAACUAUUCAUCCCGACCAAAUCAUGGUAUCCUUCGACGUUGUGUCACUUUUCACGUCCAUCCCACCAGACUUGGCGCGCGACUUGCUACGCAAACGCCUCGAAGAAAAGUACGACGAAACGACAAGGCCGCUAAAGAUCCAGCACCUAAUGCAGCUCUUUGCAUUCUGCCAACGAACCUUUUUCAUCUUCGAUGGCAGAACAUACGAACAAAUCAAAGGAACACCCAUGGGUUCCCUAAUAGCCAGCCUAAUUGCGGAAUUGGUCCUACAAGAGCUGGAAGAGGUUGCUUUCAGCCAUUACAAACCUGCGUUUUGGCGCCGAUACGCGGACGAUACAUUCGUCAUUAUUGAAAAGGACAAGUUAUCGGGUUUUCAAGACUUACUUAACAGCAUAUUCCCCGAUAUUCAGUUUACAAGAGAAGACGAGGAGGACGCGAAACUACCCUUCCUGGACGUGCUCAUCACGCGGACACCUGACGGUGAACUCAGCACAGUGCACAAAAAGGCGACCAAUUCAACCCAGGUCCUCAACUAUCAUAGCAACCACACAUUGGUGUACAAACAGGGCUGUGUGAGGGCGCUUCUCGAUCGGGUAAAAACGCACUGUAGCGAGCCCGAAGGAAGGAUGCAAGAACUACGGCAUCUCCGAGACCAAUUAACAAAGAAUGGCUACCCAAAUAGUUUUAACAGUCGCUGCAUACGCACGCACCCACGCCGGACAAUCGGAAGGGAAACACCAACAAUUUGCACUCCCUACCGUACAUAAAGAAUGUGUCCGAGGCUACAGAAUGCACUGCGUCAGAGGUGGACGUGGGCAUCGCUCAUCAUCCGGCGGCCACCAUGCGUAGCAGGAUCAUGAAACUGAAGGAUCGGCUGGACGCAGGUGAACAGUCGGGCGUAGUCUAUCGAAUCCCGUGCUAAAACUGUCCUUGCCACUACACAGGCCAGACAGGACGACGUCUGAGCUCACGAAUACUUGAGCACAAACGGGCCGUUCGGAGAGGCGACCCACUAUCUCAAGUAGCCAGUCACACGCUGGAGGAAGGGCAUGAGUUCGACUUCGCCAACACGCGGAUAUUGGCGCGAGCCGGCAACAAGACAGGCCGAGAGCUGUUGGAGGCGUGGGUGUCGGACACCAACUCUACCAACAGACACAUCGAUUUGCCUGCGUGUUAUCACGCGCUCCGCCCACGCAGCCGGGCGGCGCAGCUCACACCGUCGCGAAGUACAAACGGCGUCACCACGCCGGGGGACCAUUGUGUGACUCGGAUCCCACACAGUAGGAGUACGAUAAAGGCCACAUUAUUAAGGAGCCGCUUCGGCCUGGUUCUCGGCCCACCAGUCCGCCACUCCACUCAAACAUACACACAACUGCGCAAACUGUGUGGACUGAGUUGGGGCGCCUGUCAGCUGCCUUCCAAGACACAUCGCUUGACGCACCGUGAUGACCUCAGACUCGAAUCCAGUAUGCAGCAAAGAAGCAGCAUGGAGACGGAGCCGAGACGCACACUUCCCACUUGCAUGUGAGGUGGCCAUUGGAUGCUUGUGGUGGAUGAUGAUGAUGCUGCUGCGUGAUGCAGGCGGAGGAAAAUGUCAUGAUGUGGUUUAGCCGGCGGUUGUCUGCCACAAGUUUUCGUGAAUGCGCAUGUGGCCUGAUAGACCCGGCGGAGGGGAAGGGUUUCGUCAGCUUAUUGUUUGGCAUCGCUGCUGGUGACCUAACCCGUUAGACAGAAAAGUCGAUUGCUGUUAUUAGAAAAUCCUCAAAGCAAGUUAGUACUUCGCAUGUGCAUGUGGCUUAGAAAAAUCUGCCUCAUGAAAUUAAUAAUUCACAUAUUCUGCACGAAAAAAAGGCCUUUUAUUGAAGCGGAAGGGAUCGCCAAGUAAGUAAAUGUGUAACGGUCCAAGUGCCCCAAUACUGACCAUCUCAGUUUCCAUGAUCAAAUUUCAUGAGCCAGGCCAUAGAUUGAAGCUUGCACACACACACACACAUACACCGAUUGAGGGUCUGCAGUCAGUGAACAAACUCAUGAAUUAUUAACCAAAAUUUUGAAAUGCAUCUUUGAUUAGAACAGUUUGCUUAAAUGGGAUUAUAUUAUUGACUUCUUGUGGAAUAAUCUCAAGAUAUUUCAGUCACGCCGUGUUGUCCGAUUAUGAAUGCAGCUCUUUUCGACUGUCUGCAGUAAAAACACUUCGUAAAUUUGAUAGGCUACAUGAUACCGAUUGUUUCCACCGACUUUCGAUGCCCUUAUAAAUUCAAAUAUAUUUUAUAGAAUACAUAAUCAGCAGUAUUCUUUUUGGCACUCCUCUAAUAGCAAACCACAUCUUCCUUGAAUUUUAACCUUGUGGAAAGAGCCUAUUCUGGAUUUAGAAUUGCCCCUAGUUAGAACGCUUUCUAAGCGUUUGAAAUGUCUAUUUCCGUAAAUUUUUUUAAACAGCACAAAAAAUAGCAUAUAUUCACUGAAAAACUGUAUGGGUCCUAUAUAAUAUAUUCUUAUCUGGAUAGAGAAGCGUAUUAUUUUCCUCAUAUGGACAGCAUACAACCUCUAGACUGUAAACCUUAAAGACAAAUGCAACGGCAGAUCGGACUCAAGAUUAUUCGGCUUUAUGAAGGCUUUUUAAAACCUGAUUAUACCCGUUUUCAUGGUAUACAAUCUUAUAAAGGCUUGCCACCAAAUGAGUAUGAAAAAAAUACUUUGAGUGCGUUCUCUACAGAAUUCGCUUGAAUGUAUAAAGCCAUCAGGAAUAUGUCGGAAAAAUCCAUACCGCCUAAGUGGCUAUUUUUACAGGAGGAUGUUUUUUCAGGUGGCCAAAAAAGUUAGUUCAAUACCCUAUAACUUGAUGUGAUUAUGUUUGAGAUUAUGCUGCACGAUAAUCAGCCCUACAAACCCACUCCAGUAAUAAUAUCUGAUCGACGAAGCGUUUCAUGAGAUUGGUAAACACCGUAAAUCCGGCACAAAUCUACUUUUCACGGCCUUUUCGGAUCAACUUCCAAACACGCAAAGUGACUAACUUUACCUUCUACUCUCCCUCUCUAUCUACAUCCCAAGAAGGUUAUUUUGGUUUUACGUUUGUAUCAGAAUCAGCAAAUGUAUGCAUCCUUCGUUUUAGUCUUGCGGCGCCUCCGCAAAUGACAAGCCAAUUUCCCUGAUCAACUGGCGGCUUACUUCGCGCUUUCGUGUACACCAUGGUGGGGACAGCUCGCGGUGUAUAUCUGGUAUUUCCUCUGCUGUCCAAUCGGUAGGAAUUAAAAUGAAGGCACUCUGGAAAUCCACGUCUUAUGCCAGUCGACUGAAAUCCCUACCAAAAUUUUUAACGAUUUCAUUCAUUGGGGUCUGGAAUUGCAAGUAUAUUUUACGGGAGUCCCGUCUACGUCUCGCAGGUUCGAACGGUCUGAUUAUACCCGAAGUGUAAAAUUUCUCUUCAUCUCAUGUCUUCAUUGUCAAGACUGCUGUGCGGUAGUGAAAUUGGCAGUGUGUGCGUUUGUCAUCGGGGGGCGUAGCGUGGGAAAAUUAAUUUCUGAUUAGAUGAAUAGAAUGUGCACCAGGUGGACUUCCCCUGCAACGGCGGCGAUGGUGGUGGUGGUGGUGGUGGUGGUGGUGGUGGUGGUGGUGGUGGUGGUGGUGGUGGGAGACUACCGACAAAAGCGAGGGAGAGUAGGGUGGCCGUUUCUGACUUACUGGUCAUCAUCAGUCGGCCAGGUAUAUUCAAGCCAGCGUUUGCAAGUCCUGAGGCUCGAACCCGCCUUCUGUUGGUUAGAAGUCGAGCAGUCGAACCAUUGAGCCACAGACUAUUGGCCUUCCCGGUUGCGAUCGGGCAACUAAAUACGGUAGGAGGACGCUGAGCGAUUGCGUUGCAGAGCGUACUCGUUGCGUUGUGGCCUAGGGCUCGAUUUAGAGCUCCGCAGUCAACCGUACAGCAGCUAUGUUUAUACAGUAGGUGUGCUAAAUCAUGAAAUGUUAACCGAAAUUCUGAAAUCCGUUUUCAUUUCGAAAAGAUUAAUUUAGUGAGAUUGUAAAAUUUAUCAUCGAGCAGCAUAAUUCUAUAAUAAUUCAGUUACCUCAGAAUGUCGGCUUCCGAAAGAACUUCCUUCCAGUCGCAUGCAAAAACACAUUUUGUAAAAACUGCCACUUAAUUAGUAUGCAUUUUUCUCAUUGAUUUUAGAUGCCCUUAAAAAUGCAAUGAUAUUUUGUAGAAAACAUGCACGAAAAUAUCCAUUAUUUUACAUAUUUGGCAGAAAAUUACGUCUUCUUUCAAGUUUAUAGUGGAAGGAAAGGUAAAAUUCGCCUUCCAAAAACCUUUCCAAUUCCCGAAUAAUUUUAAACACGAUCUGCCGUAACACUUGCAUCCAAGGUUCCCAAACUACAAGCCAGUUAUCUUCCGCGUACGGAAAACCAUACAUUUCUCUAUGGUAUUAAGAGGAGACCAUAUGUGGUUCAUAAAAUUUAGCAGCGGAUAUGAGCCAUUUUGAAACCUUACAAGCCACAUAAGCAGACGUAAAUACACGAUGUUUUAUGGACGGAAAUAUCACGCUAUUAAAAAAUUUCACAGUUAGAAACUUUUUUUAAAACCGAAUUAUACCCUUCCUUCAAGUAUAAAAUUGAAAGAAUACGUAAUUUUCUACCCAAUCAGUAAAAAAAUAUCUUUGUGCAUGUUUCGUAUGAAAUAAAGUUGCAUUUUUAAGGGCAUCGAAAAUGAGAGCGAAAAAAUGCAUGUUAACAAAGUAGUCGUUUUUUACGGAGUAUGAUUUUUGUAUGCGACCGGAAAUUAUUUCAUUCGAAAGCCGGCAUCCUGAGGUAACGGAAUUAUUGUGGAAUUAUGCUGCCGGAUGAUUAAUUUUGCAACCUUAUUUCAGUAAUCUUUUCGAAACAAAAACGCAUUUCAGAAUUUAUAUUGACAUUUCAUAAGUUGGCAUACCCACCAUAUGUAGGUUGAGACUACUGACAAAGAUAAGAGAGGCUGAAUGGUCAUCUCCAGCACAUCAGUCCUCACCAACUAUGCUUCAUCUAAUCUCUCGAAGCCUGAGGGCGGCCCUUCGACUCACAACUGAUAGAGUUUGUCUAGUCGGCCUGUGAUUCAGCCCACAUUCAGAAUGGCGCCUUCGAGUUCAGCAUUGCCUGAGCAGUUCGAUUUUCGGUAAAAUACUUAUCGUCUUUUCUUCCGCUCCACUGGUCGGCAGGAAAAUGAGGCCAGUCCGCAUACGCAAGUCGAAAACUAGUAGGCUCGAACUCUUACCGAAGUCACGAAAUUUUAGCAACGAAAAUAGCUGAAUAUUUGGAGCCUGUGAUUUAGGGUAAAUUUGCCGAGAGUCCCAUUUAAUCCUUAAAAACACAAAUAGCCCGGUUACCUUUAAAUUGUAAAGGCCCCAUAGGAGUGUACUUCUACGAUGCAAACAGGGCCACGCGACAGCGUGUACAUUUAUCAUCGCGAGCGUAGUAUAGGUAAAUUAGUUUCGGUUCAGACUCACGCUCUGAGCACCAGAUGGAGCCCUCUCUGCGUAGGUGGCGGAGGAGGCGGCUGAGUCAGCCUACCAUAUGACACCUCUGCUCUCCAUCUACCCCUUUAAAUUGACCUUAGAACAAACUUGAUCACGACAAGUGGUUCUGGCAACUUCUCGAAGAAAAUUAUUUAUCUGCGAAGAUAAUUGAUUCGACACCAAGUAAGAGGUUGAUUAAUAACUGACAGAGUACACUGGCUGUCAACUAUUUAAAAAUUGUGGUUUCUAUCUUAUUUUGUUGUGUAAAUAAACAAUGGCCAUGCACUGCCUUUGGGCUUUUGUCUAACUUACCUCAUUCUACAGUACUCCGGUCAAGCCUCUUUGCAGUGAUUAGAUUGGUUCAUCGUGUCAGUAAUCUUCCAAGAGGAAACUUAGUCGAGCUUAAGCCAGUCUUACAAGUCUCGCCGCAGGCCCUAACGGCAUUUCAUGAGCAUAUUAAAUUCGACUAUGAUGAAUGAAUACGGAGAAUUUUCAACACCUCCAAAUUAUGCUCUUCUUGACUUGAGCGAGGGAGUACCAGUGUAAAUCGCCCUAAUCUGGGGGGACUUCUUACCGUAAGCAAAUCCGUUUCAAGCCUGUUAUCUUCCAUAGUUGUAGAACGUCUGCACCGUGUUUUACGACCGCGCAGGAAGUGGUCUUAUCAGUCAUCUUAAGAGCGAUUUUGUUGACGACUGGCGCUUAAACAGUCAUUUAUUGUUCUCAUAAUUUUAACUGAUGUUGUUUUUUUUCGGGACCUUACACGUUUUCUAGGCAACGGCAUGAAACCCCUGUUAGAUGCGAUUUCGCUAGCAGUCACUACGCGCACAUCAACGAAGAACAUGCGUAAAUGAAUCGCUUCGAUAGGCGGGGUGUACCGGUAAAUAGAGGCACAAAUCACAUUGACUCACAUACAGACGGGCCUUUUUCAACUUCUGGGCAAUGACUGUUGGAUACCUUUUCAUGCUAAAAGACCGUCAUUCGAGAACUCUGGUACGAAGUGCAUGACGAUAGUUUUCUGCAGAACGGUAACUCUGGGCGCGUUCCUGCUUAGGUACCAGAAUUGCUUGUAAGCCGUAAUGUAACCGUGGAAAUAGUAAGUAUGCAAAGUCCUUGUUUCAUUUCCCCCCACACUUUGCAAGUUUUGCAAGCGGGGGACUCUGACCGUGUAGAUCUUUGUUAGUAGACUAUCACUGACGGGUGUUGUAAGAAAGGCGGGCUGUCGAAUUCCUGAUGGCAAAGGCCACUCCGGCUUCUGAUUGCUCUGCUCUUGGAAGUUUGCUCCAGAACAACAUAGAUUCGUCCCCUAACCCCCUCGCCCUCGGUAGUCAAGUUCAGAGAAACGGGUCUCACUGAGAGCUGCAAUAUCCACCUUGUAGCGCGUUAUUCCGCGCAACAAGGACCUUUAUAGACGGUCUGUCAUCGGAUUGUCUAAAGAGAGGCGAAAAUUCCAGCACAGGAAUGGGAACAGGAGGGGUUGUUUAUUGUGAUUUUUCAAACGACGGCGUGUUCGGCUAGCAUUUUUUAGGGUAUCUUGUCCAUUUCCCCACUCCCCGCCAUGGAGUAAGCAGUGCUUUCGCCAAAUAUGAUUGUUUGGUCACCACAGGCGGCCGACGAGUUCCACUGCGGGUUAGGACUUUUGUUUUUAGUGCGAAGACAAUCCUAGGUUAGACUGGGCCGCCUACGAAAUUGCAUGCUGUCCUCCACACAGGACUGUUUUGUUCGGGGCGGUGAUGGACGCUUGGGGACUACUGGGUAUGAAAACCGAGGCACAUGUGCAUUAGGCCGUCGGUGUGCCCCUCUGUGCUCGGCACGGUUUCGUGGAACCAUAGAUAAAGGUUUGUUGUCGAGACGGGACGAAACAGAAGUGGCCACCUGGACCAUCAAUACAUUCGGCGGGAACUGUCAGUGUACUUUUUACAGGUACUUCUCACCAUCAUAGUCGUGUCAGCACUACCAGACCCAGCUGGCGUCGCUUAUGCUACGCCUUCGUGUAUGGAAAUUGUCUGCAGUAUAUGUGAGACAAGGUAUACCGGUCAGUUUAGGCUUACGCAACGUUCAUCCGACUUUGAAACGUGGGUUCCUCUCCAUGACACCCACGGUUCCUCGUUUUUUCUUUCAAAUGCCAGGAUAUAAGUACAGGGUCCUCUCUGUCAGAACUUCUGGGUAUAGCUAUACGACAACGGUAAAUAAGCCAGGAAUAACUUUUCCAAACUCCUCUUCUCUUGUCUGCAACACUUAGUAACAGUGUCCAUCUUUUCAUACUACUAGUAAACGAACAAAUUGUACGACCAGCGGAGUACGUUUGCCUGUGCCUGCAAGAGUACUUUCGACGAGGAAAUAUUGUCAAGGGAUUGCUUUACAGACGUCGAAUCCAAGGUUAUUUUUAGACAACUCUCAAACGAUAAACUCUGGGAUUCAUGCGUUCAACAAACCCACAGGCUACAAUUUUGUCAAGAGAAGGACGCUAAAUGCACAACAUUUCCUACGAGUGGUAAAAGCUCCGCCAAAAAAUAUUGUGAAAAGGACAUCAUAUCGACAAAUUACCCCAUAUUAUUCUUACAUAGUCAGUGCUAGGUGGUGUACUUCCUAGAGUUGCGACAACCUUUUAAGUCAACCAGACGAUGAGUUCCGCUUUCUGCUAAAUUCCGCCAAAUAUAUUCAGGCCUGUGUCUUUUCGGCUACUUGUGGGUAGCGUCCCCCUAUUGACCUGACGACAGUUCGAACAUCACAAGCGACAAGCCAAAGCACUGUAUUUAUUAGUGAUGAGCGGAGAUAUAUCUAAUUGGCCAAGUUAAAGUCCCCUGGUCUGCGAGGAGUCUGAAUCGGUCUUCUAAAACCCCGAAUAAGCUCUCAUUUUGUUUACACAUAGCUCAUCUCACAUUUGAUACAAGUAAGUGUUCUAUCGGUCUGGUGAAACUUCAGCGAGUCCCUUUCAGCCUUGGGGUUCUGACACAAGUUCUUUGGUAAAAUCCCCACAGAAUCACACUAGUAAUUUGAUACUCUUCCCUUUUUGUUGGCUGAGAAGCGUUGACACAUCACACAGAACCUCGAACGAGAAAAUAGCUCUUGACUGUAGUCACGGUCAAAAAUCAAUUCAACACACCCAACUCUUUCCGAGUGUUCUCAAAACUCGAAUGAGCCUUCUGUAGCUUAUCACAACAACUGGGAUUCAACCGUGUCGAGUAGAGAAAGAGAGAGGGCGAGCCAAAGUCAGGAGCGCGAAUGCCCUGUCAUUCCAACUAUCAGCUUUUAACAAAUCAUCUGACAUGCGAAACAUUUUGGCCGUGUUGACUGACCAUGGCCAGCAGUCGCACAAUGCUAGGUGGGUCGUGGCUACCGCAGAGAGCGGCUGGGCUACUAUUUGCACCGGCAAACAACCAAUCCAGCCCGAACCCUGCGUGGGCGUUGGCAAUGAGCACGAUUUGGACGAUUGGGCCCAGUGCCGGCGUGAGCCUUCUGCACCAGCCAUUAACUGGUAG